AAAGAAGGCAAAUAUAACUCCAUAUUUUCUUUUCUUUUUCUGAUUUAUUUUAGGCAAGAAAUCCUUCAGCAUGUCGACGUAAUAAAAAAUUUUUCUCUGACCAAGAGCAGUGUUCGGAUUGGACAGCUGAUGCAUUAUGACUAUUCCAGCCAUAAGUAUGUUUUCUCGAUCAGCAAUAACUUCAGAUCGCUGCUUCCUGACGUGUCGCCCAUCCUGAACAAGCAUUACAAUAUCUGUGCCGUGGUUGGAAAUAGUGGGAUCCUCACCGGGAGCCAGUGUGGGCAAGAGAUAGAUAAGUCUGAUUUUGUUUUCCGUUGCAAUUUUGCUCCAACGGAGGCUUUCCAAAAAGAUGUCGGAAGGAAAACCAAUCUCACGACCUUCAACCCCAGCAUCCUAGAGAAGUAUUACAACAAUCUUCUGACCAUUCAGGAUCGCAACAACUUCUUUUUAAGUUUGAAAAAGCUAGAUGGGGCCAUCCUUUGGAUCCCUGCUUUUUUCUUCCACACGUCAGCAACGGUCACGAGAACACUGGUCGACUUCUUCGUUGAGCACAGAGGGCAGCUGAAAGUCCAGUUGGCUUGGCCGGGAAACAUAAUGCAGCACGUUAACAGAUACUGGAAGAACAAACACUUGUCGCCCAAGCGGCUGAGCACAGGUAUUCUCAUGUACACCCUGGCUUCUGCCAUAUGUGAUGAGAUCCACUUGUACGGCUUCUGGCCCUUUGGGUUCGACCCCAACACAAGGGAGGACCUCCCGUACCACUACUAUGAUAAGAAGGGAACAAAGUUCACGACCAAGUGGCAGGAGUCCCACCAGCUGCCUGCAGAGUUCCAGCUGCUCUACAGGAUGCACGGUGAAGGACUGGCCAAACUCACCUUGUCCCAUUGUGCCUAAGAACCUAAAUCUUGAAGUGCCAAAUGAUUGUCUAAAAAAAGUGCCCAAAACCGAAUUAAACAUUCUUCAGAUCUAAUUCUAAAAAAAAAAAACCACAAAAA